AUGCUCGGCGAAAGCUUAAAGGACGAAACGCCUUUGCUCGACGUGGCGACGGCGAUCGAAAGUGCGGUGUUUCACAACGUCAGUGAAGUUCAGUAUAAAUCUAAAAUCCGCUUCUUGUGUGCAAAUUUUAAGCGGAACGAAAGCGUGCAAAAGGACGUACUUUCUGGAAGGAUACAGCCAUACGAUGUGCUCCAAAUGCACGACGAGGAAUUCAUGACGGACGAGAUGAAAACCAAAGUCGAGCAAAUGCGAGUAAAAAUGGAUAAACGAAAGGAACGGGCGGUGUUUGCGGAUGGCAUCGAGAGCGAGAGUUAUACCUGUCCAGAGUGUAAAGGGCGAAAGACGAAGUUUAUACACCUGAGCGACGCGAGGGACGUGAGGAAAGCGGAGACGUGGGGGAACGCUGAUGCUGAGAGCAAGGUUUUAGUCGUGUGCAUGGAGUGUAAAAACGAGUGGGUGUGUAGUAUAUUGUAG